AUGGCUGAAAAAUUAUCAGAACAGCAAAUUGCUGAAUUCAAGGAAGCAUUUUCAUUGUUUGACAAGGACAGCGAUGGAAAAAUAACCACCAAAGAGUUGGGUACUGUCAUGAGAUCCUUGGGACAAAACCCUUCAGAAAGUGAGUUGACAGACAUGAUCAAUGAAGUCGAUGUUAAUUCGGAUGGAUCGAUUGAUUUCCCAGAGUUUUUAACUAUGAUGGCUAGAAAGAUGAGAGAUACUGAUUCUGAAGCUGAGAUUGCUGAAGCUUUCAAAGUGUUUGACAGAAACGGUGAUGGAAAGAUAAGUGCUGCCGAAUUAAGACAUGUUCUUACGUCUAUUGGUGAAAAAUUGUCUGAUGCUGAUGUUGAUCAAAUGAUUAAGGAAGCUGAUACAAAUAACGAUGGUGAGAUCGAUAUUCAAGAAUUCACUCAAUUGUUGGCUGCCAAGUAA